CGGAAAGCAUUUUGACAAACCCACACAACAAAAUGACUGCCCCAGCGGAGCUCCUCUCCCUCGUUCACUCUUUCCUGGAGGAACGGGCGCCCAAAGCUGCCAAGGCGUUCAAGAAGGAGGUUUCUUUCGAGACGGACUCGGAAGAUGCAGACCCCAACAAACUGAUCGAAAUCUAUGCUGCAUUCAAUGCCAGCACCGUCGAGGAAUUGCAUUCCAGCGAAUCCUCCUCCGAACGCGAAAGCUCCGACUCCUCCGAUUCCGAUUCCGACAGCAGCGAUGAUGAGGAGGAGGAAGGGAAAGCGGACGACAGGAUGGAGAUUGAGGAGGUGAAGGCGGCCGAGUCUUCUGACUCUGACUCCUCUGACUCUGAGUCGUCUGAGUCUUCGGAGAGCGAGGAGGAGAGCGAGGAGGAGAACACGGAGGCGAAGGAAGAGAAGGCUGAAAGUGCGGAGUCUGAGACGGAGGAGAAGGCUGAGAGUUCGGAUUCGGAUUCUGACUCUGGUUCGGAGAGCAGCGAUGAUGAUGAGGAUGAGACGGUUGUCGAGAAGGAGAAAACCGCGAAAGCGGAAGCAGAGUCUUCUGACUCCGACUCCGACUCCGACUCGUCAUCCGACUCUGACAGCAGCAGCGACGAAGAGGAGGAAGCAGCAAAGGAGGAGGAAGACACUUCACCCGCCGCCAGCUGCCCCGACGCAUCCUCCUCCGACUCGAGCGACAGCAGCAGCAGCGACUCAGACGAGGAAGAAGAGAAGACGCCCGCGACGAACGGUACAGUGAACGGCACGGCCGCCGAAUCGUCUAGCGACAGCGACAGCGACAGCUCGUCGAGUGACUCGUCGUCCUCGGAAAGCGAGGAGGAGGAGAAGCCUGCGCCGGUGAAGAAGGAGGCUGCCACGCCUGCUAAGGACAAGAAACGGAAGAGGGAUGAGGAAGAGUCGGAGGAGUCUGUUGGGUCUCCUGCUCCUGCGGCCACGCCCAGCGCUCCUGCUACUAAGAAGCAGAAGGGUGAGGCCAAGUCUGUCGAGCGCUUCCAACGCGUCCGCGCCGAAGAAGUCGACGAAGCCGACAUUAUUGACAACAGCUACAUGGCCAAAGGCGGCGCCGAGUCCAGCUAUGGGUUCCGCGCCCACCAGGACCUGAUCGUCACGCGCGGCAAAGGGUUCCGUAACGAGAAGAAUAAGAAGAAGCGCGGGUCUUACCGGGGUGGGAAUAUUGAUACGGCGUCGCAUUCUAUCAAGUUUGCGGGGGCGUAUGAUAGUGAUUAGAUUGUGGGAGUGCGGCGGGCGAUGAUAUUCAAGGCAUUUGGGGUUACGAACGGCGUAUGCGUAGGGAUUGCAGAAACACACCACACAUCAUUCAUCCCAUACCAU